AUCACAACCUUUAGUAAAACAUAAGUUGUGGCAGGCAUUAGAUCUGUUGAUUAAAUGCUUUUUUGUUGAUAUCUGAUUGCUUAAAACAAUGGACCUAAAAGUACAAUUUGUUUUAAUUUUUCUUUUGGCUCAUAAAGUGUCUUUAGAAAAAUAUGAGUUUUUAAAAUUUUCGGUUCGAAACAACAAAAAUCGCAUAAAUGAAUUAGAAGAGCAAGUUCAAGAAAUAUGGGAUUAUAUAAAUAGUACACAGGUUGUGAAAGCGUCCAAAAACAACGUUCCAAAAAGCUGCAAAGAAGUGCUGGAUAGUGGUAGAAAUAUUUCAGGAGUUUAUAAUAUCCAGCCAAAAAAUACCUCCCAGUCCUUUAUGGUUUUUUGUAAUAUGGAGCUAAAAGAUGGAGGUUGGACGUAUUUUCUCAACCGGUUCGAUGGAUCAGUGGACUUUUAUUUAGAUUGGGAGGAUUAUAAAAAAGGAUUUGGUAACGUAAAUGGAGAAUUCUGGUUAGGUUUACAACAUUUACAUGAGUUAACAAGUGAUGAUGGUAAAAACGAAUUGCUUGUCGAAUUAGUUGAUUGGAACAAUACAAAAGCUUAUGCCCAUUACAGUUCGUUUGCUAUUGGAAGUGAAGACGAAGGAUUUUCGUUGAAAGUUUUAGAAGGAUUCAGUGGUGAUGCUGGUGAUUCUUUGUCGGUCACCAAAGGUAUGAAAUUCUCAACAAGAGACAAAGAUCAGGAUGAAGGUGACGCUAAUUGUGCUCAAUUGUUUGGAGGUGCAUGGUGGCAUAAAAAUUGUAUGGCCGCUCUGCUCACCGGUAAAUAUAUGAGGGAAACAGUAGAAUUAGAUCAAAAAAAUAAAGUAAUGUACUGGUAUACAUUUCGCGGAACACAGUAUAGUCUUAAAGAAGCAAGAAUGAUGGUGAAACCAAAAACUUCAAAGCCUAGAAUCGCUAUGGGCCAAACCUUAAUGUGUAAUUUUUUCCCAAAUAGAUAUUUUCAGCCCCAGCUACCAAAACACUGCAAGGAUGUGCAAACCAGUGGCAAAACCAUUUCAGGCUUCUACCGCAUCCAACCCCAACACUCGACUGAAAGUUUUAUGGUUUUGUGUGAUUUUGAGACACGUGGAGGCGGCUGGACGUACAUUCUUAACAGGUUUGACGGUUCCCAGAAUUUUUAUUUAAACUGGAGCGAUUAUAAAGCUGGGUUUGGAAACCUAGCUGGGGAGUUUUGGCUCGGUUUGGAGCUUUUAUACGCCCUGACAGGUUACGAAGCUAACGAACUGUUGGUCGAACUUGUGGAUUGGGAUGAUAAAAAAGCUUUCGCUCAUUACAACGCCUUCAGUGUUGGCAGCGAGAGGGAAGGAUACAUUCUUAGGAUUCUUGGGGAGUACAGUGGUGAUGCUGGCGAUGAUUUAAGUAUCAGUUUGGGGCGUAAAUUUAGUACACGAGACAAGGAUCAAGACUCGAGUCCUGAAAACUGUGCCGUACUUUAUAGCGGGGCUUGGUGGUACAACAACUGCAUGGCCUGUCAGCUGACUGGAAAAUAUUUGAAAACCAAGGAUUCAACCCUUGAUGAGUUAGCAGGCCGUGUCAUGUACUGGAAUUCCUUCCGGGGCGUUUCCUACAGUUUGAAGCAAGCCAGAAUGAUGGUGCGUCCAAGAAGAGAAAACUUAACACUACCACACCGAAACUAAUUUUGUCGAAAUAAAGCUAGUUGAUUUAAAA